AUGGCCACCCCUAGUGUCCUCGCUUUUGACGCUGAGGGUCGGGCCAUUGACUUUGACGUCUGGAUAGAUGACCUGCAGCUUUUCCUACAGUGCGAUAAGGCGGAUGGUCUCUCCCUCUUUCACCUCACCUCUGAUGCCUCUCCUCCCCCUGCUACUGAUGCUGACGCCACUGUUCGCUCACAAUGGGCCACACGCAAUGCUGCUGCACGUCUUGCUGUGCGUCGCAACCUGCCUACCUCUGAGCGUGCGCACUUUAGCCAGUACAAGAGUGCUCAGACCUUGUACAACGCUGUAGUUGCACGCUACUCCUCCCCUGCCACUGCUGCACUGAGCCGCCUCAUGCUACCGUACCUCUUCCCUGACCUUGCUGUCUUUCCCAUAGUCGCUGACCUCAUUACGCACCUCCGCACUCUUGACACUCGCUACCGCGCUGCGCUUCGUGAUGAGGACCACUUCCUCUCAGUUUGCCCCACCACUCUCACCGUUGUCCUCCUCGAGAAGGCCCUCCUCGCAGCGGAGAAGAGCAUAGUCGCUGUAGGCGCCUCUCGUGGUGACCCUCGCACCCCCAUCUUUGAGGGGUGUUCCCCCUCCCCCCUUUUGCCCUCUGUCGCCUUUGCUGCUGCGGCCGACCUCGUUGGUCUUGAGUCGGUCGGUGCGGCGUCUACCUCUAGUGGGCGAAGCCGCUCUGGCAAGGGCAAGGGGGGCCGGGGCGCUGGGGGAGCUAGCGGGGGUGGUGGAUGCGGCGGUGGAGGCGGCGGAGGGAGUGGGGGGGGUGGUGGGAGUGGUGGCGGGGGUGGAGGUGUCGGUGGCGGCAGUGGAGGCGGAAGCAGGGCGGCGGUGGCAGUGGGUGCGGAGGUAGCGGAGGUGGCGGCGGUGGCGGAGGCGGUGGCGGAGGAGGUGGAGCUGGUCGGGGUGGCGCUAUGCAGCGGGUCGGCUCCGGUGCGGGGUGGAGGUACUGGUCCGUGCACCUACGUCCUACGCACCGGCGACCGCGUGGGUGAGCAGUGUGGGGUUGCCCACCUCGCCCAGCGCUGCUUUGGCCGACUGAUGGACGCUUGGCGUCACCAGUUCCCGGAGGCUACUGAGAUCCUCCAGUGGGGUGAGCUAUCUAGGGCGGGCGUAGCUAUCUUUGACCUUGACUUUGAUGCUAUUCUUGCUGCCAUGUAUGGUGUGAUUAUUAGUGAUGAGGGUGACUGUUACCAAUGUUUACCGCCCGGCCCGGGCAUUGAGACUGCUGCUCUAGGUACUGGUGAGGCUGCUGUUCUGGGUGCUAGCGAGGCUGCUGCUCUAGGUGCCAUUGCAGUCUCUUUGGCAGACCCCUCUGGGGAUCCUUUCCUUUCCCACUUCUCCACUGUCCUCCCGUGUCCGGCGGCCCCCUCUGGCACCUUGUUUGGUCUUUAUCUCCCCUCGUUCUCUAUGAACUUGGUGAGUGGAGCUGACCUACAGGACGCGGGGGUUCACCAGUUCACUCCUGCGAGUCAGCGGGUGACCCACUGCACGGACGCUCGCACAAGCCGGCACCUGGCCACGUUUACACGUCGGCCGGGGUCGAGCCUGUACACACUGACCACUGAGUCUUCUGCUGUCAUAGAGUCUUGUCAAGUAGUUGCGUCGGGUCAGGUGUUUGCUGCAGCGUCCAGGUCUGGUCCUGAGUCUGCCCCCUGCUCAUCUCGCCUCCUGUCUCACGAGACUCUCCUGUGGCACCACCGCCUUGGUCACCCCUCCCUGCUUCGUCUCCGAGGCAUGGACUCCCGUGUCCUUCUAUCUGGUCUUCCCCGGUCCCUCCCUCCCCUUCCUUUGUGGCCUGGCCCUACCUGCGUCCCCUGUGUCCAGGGACGGCAGCGAGCUGCCCCUCACUCCUCCCAGUUUCCUCCGAGAGAGGCCCCGCUGCAGACGCUUCACAUGGACGUGUGA